CCCUUUUUCCUCAUCCGAGCAACAACAAGUGCUUGUUUUCAGAAUUCAUAAAAAGAGAGAGAGGGGCAUGGCUUCGGUGAAGAAAGCUUCGGUUUUGGUGGCAGCAAGCGUUGGCGCAGUGGAGGCGCUCAAGGAUCAAGCAGGGUUGUGCAGAUGGAACUACGCUCUGAGGUCCGUGCAGCAGCACGCCAAGAGCAGCAUGAGGUCGCUGUCGCAGUCGGCGAGGAUGUCCUCCGCCGUCUCUGAUGGGAGAUGCAGCGAGCGAGCCAAGCAGUCGGAGGAGUCACUGAGGUCAGUGAUGUAUCUCAGCUGCUGGGGACCCAACUAGUGUUUGGAAACCAGAUAGUUAUGUAGAGUGAUAGAAUGCUGAACAGAGGUUCAACUUGUGCGAUUGUAUAAUUUUGCACUGAUAACCACGGAGUAAUUUGAUUAUA